AUGGCGGCCGUCCAGGACCAAGCGGCCAUUGACUUCGCCAGCUCACUCACCCAGUCUGAGAUCCCUACCAAGCUGCGAUGUGCCACCUGCAGCAAGCUCGCCGUCAAUGCCUUCAAGCUCCAAUGCUGCGACUCGUCCAUCUGCCAGGACUGCCAAGCCACUCUUCCUGACGCCUGCCCAGUAUGCAGUCACUCCCCUCUGGAUGCCGACAUGUGCAAGCCCAACAAGUCUUUGCGCAUGACUGUCCGUGCCUUCAUCAAGGCCGAAGAGAAGAAGAGGAUUGCCGCCGCUGAGGCUGCUACAGCCGCAGCCGCUGAACAAGAGGAGACUCCCGCUCAACAAUCAGAACAACCCACAGAUCAACCGCAAGCAGAGUCUGAGCUCCAGACCGAAGCAGUCGCAGAACCUUCGCAGGAAGAAGAUGUAGCCCCGGCAGAUGCGACUGAAGGUGCUGCGCCCGAGGCCACCGAUCCGCUUGCUCAGGUUGAAGAGGUCUCUGAACACCCCGCCGUUGGAGAGACCACGGACAUGGAUCAAGCUGAACAAGCCAAUGGAGCCGAGGAAGAUACUGUCGCACAGUCAAUCGAAGAGGCUGACCCUGAAAACCCUGACGCCGAGCAGAAGAACGAGAUGGAGCAGGGCGAAAACGAACAACAAAAUCAAAAUGGACAGGACGCUUCUCAACAAAACUUUCAGAAUAUGGACUGGAACGCUGCUAACGGAUUUAACCCUAUGAUGAACAUGGCCAACGGAUUCAACCCCAUGAUGGGUAUGAUGGGCAUGCCUGGAAUGAAUCCCAUGUCCAUGUUCGGCGGUUUCGGUCCCGGCGGUAUGGGCAUGCAAGACAUGAGUGGUAUGAACAUGGGUAUGGGCUUUGGAGGCGGAUUCGGUGGCAAUUGGAAUGGACAGCAAGGAAUGGGCGGAAACUUUGGCGCUGGCUAUUAUCCCAACGCUGGAUAUAAUCAACCGCAAAUGCACCAAGGAGGCUAUGCCAAUCAACAGUUCCCCAAUCAUAAUAACUACCAGAACCAGAACCGCUUCCAACAGCGUGGUGGCUUUGCUGGCCGUGGGAGAGGCGGUGCUGCGUUUGCUGGUGGGAGUGUUGGCCCAUCUAACCCACAGGUUCAGCAAGACGAUGCUGUUUAUCCUCAAGAUGACGAACAAGGCGAUCGUCGCCCUUCUCAGGCUGGCACUGAAUCGGCCGAAGCCGGUGCUGAAAGACGCAAUUCCCAAUCUGUAGCUCCUGCGUCCGAGAUACCGGAGAAUGACACCCCUGCCCUAGAGCAGCAAGCAGAUGCUAUCAACGAGGAUACUAACGAGCAGAUCCCCCAAGACGAAGAUCAAGCCGAACAACAAGGUCUCGAAAACGGCGAUGAGAUGCAAGGAAUGCAAGAUGAGCACGGCAGUCAUAUGAUGAACAUGAACAACGAAGGUAAGCGUUCAAACAUGAUGGAUCCUAAUGCCUUCAACCCAGCCAUGAUGGGCAUGGGUGGCUUCAAUCCUGCUAUGGCGCCGAUGAUGCCUUUUGGUAACCAAAACGGGUUCUUCCCGCAGAACAACUUCAACAACGGAUUUGGCGGAAGAGGAAGGGGCGGUUACAGAGGCAGGGGCGGCUUCCGUGGCCGCGGUGGCUUCAACAACAUGCAUGGCGGCUUCAAUGGACACAUGUCGCAGACUCCAGAUGAUUUCACUGUUGUUGCAGGUUCUGCUGAAGGGCCUCCGAUUGAUGCGCCCAAGGGUCCCAAGGCCAUGCGUGAGGGCUUACCCAACAGUGGUAUUUACAGCAGAGGCGGCUAUCAAGGUGGAAGGAACGCCCAUCCCACACCUACGCCUCAACCUCAAUCUCUGCCAGCACAGUCUCCUCAACCACAAAGAGAGCGCAGUCCUUCGCCAGCUCGCGAUGACCGUGACCGUGGCCGUUCGCCUUCACAUUCGAGAUCAGGUUCGCACAGCCGCAAGCGUAAGCACAGUGUCGAGUCGCAAGACAGCGAAGCACGCGCUCGCAGACGUGAGCGACGUCGCCGUCACGAAAGAAAGUACGAUGACGAGGCUGUCGACUCUGACAGAAAGGAAGUGACGAGAUCCGACUCGGGCGACGAAGAUGCAUCUAGACGGUCGCGCCGUCGCAGAGACAGAGAAAAGCACCGUUCAACCCGCGAAAGCAGCAGAGACCGCGAUCACCGUCGCCGUCGCAGCAGAUCCCGUGGCGACAAAGACCACCGCGGUAACGGAGAGGAGCAAUCCUCGCGCACUAAGAGCCGCCGCGACCGCGAUCGUGACCGUGAAAGAGAAAGGGAGAAGGAGCGUUCUGAUCGUGACAGAAGCGACCGUGACCGCAAGCGCUCUCGUAGAGACCGAUCCCCCUCGGCCAACGGAACUACUGACCAUUACUCUUCUUCCCGCCGCUCACGCCGCGAUGACCAAAACUCUACGAAUGACGACCAAGGUUUCAAGAUCAAGGGUUCUCGUGGCAGUAAACCCUUUGCACCGCCCACCGGCCCCCGCAAAGACCGCAACGAUGACAGAGGCGCUAGACGCCCCAGCCUCCAAUCCGUUGCUGUGGCUCAAGACACCUCUGCUUCCGCCUCUGCAGACCCAUAUGCCCAAGAACGCGAAGCACGCAUUAAAGAGCGCAUGGCCAAAGAGCAACAACGUCGUGAAUCUGCUACCAUGGGCAAGAGAGGCAGAGGUGAGGACAGCGGCAGAAGAGGCUCUAAUACUGGGUUCGAGGCGCCGACGGGACCGAAGGGAUCGAGGAAGAGUAGAAAGGUUAGUUACAGAUAUGAAGAUGAGGAAGGAGAGGAAGCUAGGGCUGAGAGGGUUGAGCGGGAAAGAGAGGCUGGUCGAUGGGGAUGA